GCAUGUGCAAGGGCCGGCGCUCGGUUCGGAGUCCGCGGAAGGCGCGUGCCGGGGUGGAGAGUGUCCGGCUCUGGCUGCUGCUGGACGGUUCGGGGGCUGGGGGUGCGCGUGCGCGUGCGCGUGCAUCUUGCCAGGGCCCCGGCGCAGUGAGCGGGGCGGUGACCGGGAUCCCCCAUCAGCGGGGGCGCGUCAGGGCGGCCCCGACACGAGCAUCACUUUGGUCCUUCUUGCCUUUUGGAAGGUGACAUGCAUAUGCGGUUAGAUGACUGAUGACAGAAACUUGAAUCAAAAUGCCUAAUUUCGAACAUCCAGAGUAUCCUGAAGCUACCUUGCUUCAUUUGGAAAGUAUGGUGCCCUGUCGAGAAUCCCAAGUGUCAUCACUCUUGUCAGUAUUUGGAGAGCGUCAGCAUUUUAGCUUCCCAUCCAUCUUUAUCUAUGGACAUACAUCUAGUGGCAAGACCUAUGUGAUGCAAACUCUUCUAGAAACGUUAGAGCUUCCUCAUGUGUUUGUGAACUGUGUUGAAUGCUUUACUUCGAGGCUCCUUUUAGAGGAAAUUUUGACCCAGUUGCAGAACCUUUCAUCUGAAAAUAAACACGGUUCUCAUGUGCCCUGUGACACAUUUAAUGAUUUUGUACGUCUGUUUAAGCAAGAAAUUAUUACUCAAGAGCUACAGAAUCAAACAGUAUAUAUUGUGCUGGAUAAAGCCGAGCAGCUGAGGGAAAUGGAGGCAAAUGUGUUGCCAGGAUUUCUUAGACUACAAGAAAUGACAGACAGAAAUGUCACUGUUGUUUUCCUUAGUGAAAUUGUGUGGGAACUGUUUCGUCCAAACACUGGAUGCUUGGAGCCAUUCACCUUGUAUUUUCCUGACUACAGCAUAGUCUGCAGGGACUUGAAAGAGCUUCGACAUCUGGCUGCACUAAAUUUCACUAAAUAUUGUGAACCAGUGGUCAGAGGAGAAGCAAAUGAACGUGACACACGUCGACUCUGGAAAAAUAUUGAAUCUCAUUUGAAGAAAGCAAUGCAGACUGUUUAUCUUCGGGAAAUAUCCAGCUCACAAUGGGAGAGAAUACAGCAGGAUGAUGGAGAACCUGGGCACUUGAAAGGACUUUCUGCACAUGCUCACGUAGAACUUCCUUAUUACUCCAAAUUCCUUCUAAUAGCUGCAUACCUUGCCUCCUACAAUCCUGCCAGGACAGAUAAGAGGUUCUUCCUUAAGCAUCAUGGGAAAAUCAAGAAGACAAACUUUCUGAAAAAACAUGAAAAGACCAGUAAUCACCUCCUUGGGCCAAAGCCAUUCCCCCUGGACAGAUUGUUAGCAAUAUUGUACAGUAUUGUGGACAACAAAGUUGCUCCAACUGCAAAUAUAUUUUCCCAGUGUGGCACCUGCUAUACAGAUUGGAAGGAACCAUGCUUGUUGCCCAUUCCGCUGUUGAAUAGGUCAGCUGGAGUGCUCUUUUUACCAUGGCAUAUCCUCCCCCAGGAGACCAAAGGAAGCAACACUAUGUAGUGCUCAGUCUCACUAGUGUAGUAAAUUAGAUUUCGAAAUCUGUUCCUACGCCUGAUUUUGGUGUGUUUAUUGUUACGCUACUAGGCCAGUCAUGCAAUACAAUCUUAAAGGGACACAGUCAGCUUUUAAAAAUCAUGUUUCUAACAGCUCAGAUUAUUGAUUUUGUAAAUAAAAAAACAAAUAUUUCCUUUUUUUCUUUUAGUUUUUCUCUUAUUCAGUUGACAGCACUUAGUGUACAGUCAGCUUCAAUCUUUUCUGUUUGAUCAGUUGCACUUCCUUCCUCAUGUUCUAGCAUGAUGCUGUCACUUCAUGCACUGCUCUGGGGAUUGCUCCUGUGUAUGUUUUACUCCAGGCACCUUUGAGAGUAACAGAAGCAGCAAAAGAGCAGUUGAAAAUGAAAAGGAAGCAUGCAGUCAUUCUCACAGACAGGGAGGAUUUGGCGAAAGCAUACAUGGUGGCUUUCCCCAAAGGGCCUUUCCAGAAAACAGAAAAAAAUUAAUUUUUUGAAAACUGGUUUAAAAGCAAAAAUCAAGAUAUACCUUUCUGUUUCUAGACAGAGUUCCCAUUGGUUUCUGAGGUUUUUAAAAUUUAGUUUAAAAAGACAGUGCCAACUUGAUUUUUUUAAAAUAUGUUCUUUUUUUUUUCUUUUUACUGGCUUGGAAGUGCUCUUCUCCAUGAGGGACAGUAAGAUCUUGCUCAUCCCCCUCCCUCUCGCAGUAUAAGGUAGAGCCAGUGCUAAUACUUCACCAGAGAUUACUGAAAUAUUUAUUGUUAACUUGGGAAAUGUGUUGGGGUAUGGGGGUGAAAUGCAUUUUUAUCCUGCUGCAUCUUGGUCUCAACUAACUUGUGUGUUCAUAACCUGGAGAUGAUUCUGGUUUUCAAUGGAGAUUACUUCGUAUAGAAAUGACGUUUCUUGUUUUCUUGCUGAAUGUCAGAAAUAGUUUGUAAGAUCAUAGAAAUUUAAAAUCCACCCCAGAAAGAAUUAUGUAGAUCAUGCUUCCAAAUUUGGACAUUAUAUAACAAUAUCCCUAACUUUUUUCCAGUCAGGAAAUAUUUUACUGCGGUUUCCCUCAAAAUUAUACACUAUUUCUGAUUGGCGUGUGUGUCUGAGGGACUUGACCCGUGGGAAUUUUUUUCCCCCCCAAUAUAUAGAAAAGUGUUAAUUCAACACCGAGGAUGAAAUAUUAAGCUUUCAAAAGUGAGGUGAUUAUAAAAGUUAAGGAUGCUCUCCCUCAGUUUUAAUGCAUAACAAUUUAUUUUGCCUUAAGGGUUUCCACCAUGCUAUAGCUUCUGGGAUACAGAUAAAUAAGUGAUCUAUCAAUUCCCAGCCCUAGAUUUAAAUACAAAGAUGACACUCACGCUGAGCAUGGUCAGAUCAUAGAUCCUCCAAGUAAAAGCUGAACUGUGCUAAAACAGAAUUUAUAUCUGUGUGCAGUAUUUAGGGUUAAUGUAUUUAAACAAAAAUAUAUUUGUCUCGGACGCUGCAAGAAGAAAGACAAGAUACCAGGAAUGUGGCCGAGUCUGCUGGGGUAGGUGGGGAAGGGUGGUGGAUUUAGCUGUGUCAUGCUAAUGGGCUCUCUUACACAAUCAGGGAAUCUGUGUCCUUUGUACAUCACUCAGAGUCCCUGGCUAUGACUGCAGCCUGGUGGUUGAGAACAAGUUGCAUGGUUGCUCCAUGCUCAUCAAAGUUGAGUUAUUAGGAGGACAGUCCUUUUACUGUUGUGCAUAUAAGAAACAAUACCCCGCUAAAUAUGUUUAUCUGUACUAUUGCACUUGGUCACCACUAUCUACAUUCCUUGUACAUGUGUAUGCACAUGUGUGCAUGUUUGUGCCGCAUUUGUCUAAAGAUCAAGACAGUCCCUAAUAAAUGUAAUAGCUUUUAGGAAAUAAGGAAGAAAGGAGGGCAACUGUGCCCUCUUCCCUGCUUCUUAUUUUCUCAUAAUUUCUUACGACUUUUCUUGAUUAUUAGACAAAUCUGGCAGAAAUGUGUAAGCAAAAAUGGGAACUGUGUAUGGAACACAGCAGGGUAUCAUGGCUUAGCACUUCAACAGAGUAUGGCAGUUUGAGAGCCUGCUGUUAAACUAAAGAAAAUGAGCAGGCAAUACUUCUCUUUAACCAAAUAACUGACUAAACAACUUCAAGCCUCAGCAUGGCUAUGAAUAAAAUAAAACCCUAGACUCAGAUCUCAAUCAAAAUAAUGUUUUGUAAUUAAAGCUAUAGAGAAGCAGCUACUAAUAAGCUCUGUAGAAAAAGAUUUUUCUUUGGGGGAAAAUUGGUCUGAGCCAUAUUUUGUUUAAUGAUCUAAAUUAGAUUUUAAAGUAUUGUGAUUAAUUUUAGAUAUAUAAUUUGUGCUGUCGGUUUCCUAAAAUAUAAAAGUAAUGUCUUACUCAAAGCUACAUUUAAAAGAAAAAUUCCUUUCUAAUAAUUUAGAGCAAUACAUUUCUGUAUCCCUGGUUUGGUUAGUCGGUAGAAAAUUGCAGGGAUCUCCAAAGAUUCCUGGAACAAAGAUGCUGUAUGACUCUCCAGGUAGUUACAAACCUUAAUAUCUUGCUUCUUUUUAUUAUUUUGUUGCUUGUGAUUAUAUACUGAAGGAGUCUUCAGUAGCCUUUCUUAUAUGCUGCUUAUGAUGUAACUUGUUAACUAGAAAGCUGAAUUUAUUCAAACUUUACAUUACACUAAGGCUUGUAUGUGACUUUGCAAAAGUGAGAUAAUAAACGCCUGUAUUAUCACAUGUUAAACACUGAUAAUACAUUGUGUACUAUACCGUGCACUUUAAAUGAAGACGAUCCCUAUCCCAAGGAGCCUCCAGUGACGAGUCCAAUUGUAUAGUUUCACUUUUCUAAACAUUCAGUGGUUUAGAAAAGAUGUGAUCUGGUUUUUUUCAGCCCUCUCCUAAAGAUUGAAAUUAUUGUAAAUUUAAUAUAAACAGAUUUUCAGAAGAAAAUCUUAUGAUAUAAUGGAAGGAAGGAAGGAGGCUAGGGGGCAGAACUUUAACACUGGUACAAUGUAUAUGGAAGCACGGAAAAUUAGUCAGUUUCAAUGGUAAACAUUCUGUCAAGGUUAUUAAUCCUAAAAGUUGACCUACCUUGAAAGUCUUCCCUUGUUUAAUUUUAGUUUCUUGGCUCCAGUAAUAUUUUUUAAACAAAUUUUGCAUAGGCACAACAUAAAUAAGCCAAUGUAUGAACAUUAUGACACAGGAUUGGGAUUUUUUGUACCAGUUUUUGUGAGGGGCGCACAAUAAAUUGGAUUUUUAAUUAUUAUGGUAUAGUAAUGCCAGAAUAUGGUAUAUGAUUGAUCUUUUCAAAGAUAACAUCAGUCAGAUUUAAAAAAAAAAAAGCUUUCAAAGCAAAUUAAUGUUUAGGCUAGCAAUCUUGAUAAUAGCGCUUAACUGCUUCAGUGCAAUAUGUUCAUUAUACACAUUCAUAAAUGUAGCACAUAUAUUGUGGCCCUCUGAGUAUAACACUAAAUAAUAACAUAGUGUGGCAUCACCCGAGACUGCAUCAGGUGUAGCGUGGAGGAGGUUUCAUAUACUGAUUAACUACUGAUUACUUUUAUUUUUUAUUUUCUCCUUGUUACUUAUACAUUUUUAAAACUUUUGCAAAAUUAAGACUAACAAUGAAAAAAUAGUUAUUUCAAUAUACUGCUCAGUAUACAAUACACAGUAUCGAAAAGUGUUAAAUAUAAAAAUGUUUUUAAAAAAUAACCUCCCUCCAUUUGGAAAUUAGUUUAUUUUUCUUAAUGGAAGGAACAUCAUUUAUUAGUCCAGGAACAAGUUCACACAGUUUUUACAUCAAGCAGUUCCAGCUGAAGCUUGUUAGUGAUUGCCUUCCAGAUUUAAAAAAAAAAAAAAAAAAUCCACACUGUAGUACACGAACUCCUAUUGUUUGGAGAUAAAUAAUCUGCUCAUCCCCUCUGUAGAUGAGAACAAAGAACAUAAUAGUACAUCUGGUUUAUCUGUUAAUAGAGCAAAGAUUAAUUAAGCAAGUACUGCACAACCUCUUAACUUCUGUAUCUAAAUCCAGCUUGUAUAUGUGACAGAUUUAACAUAUCUUUUAACUAUUUGGUAUCUGUGUACAUAAUUCUAUUCCAAAAUGCUCUCUAUUUCAUAAAAAUAAAUUUGGGGACAGUGUUAGGAUAGGUAGUGGACAUAUUUAUGCUUGGAUUAGGUAGAAUCAAAGGGUUUAGUGGUAGAUUUUAUAGCUAUAAAUCUGUAUUCCUCUGUUAUAUUCCCCAUAAGGCCCUAUGGAUUUGUAAGCAUUGCUGUCUGCCAUGAUGCAAAGACACAAAAUAUGAUCCAGUAUUCCUGGUGGAAGAUUCAGAUAUAGUGUUAGAUUCUUUUCCUGUUUGGUCCAUGCUGCUUCCUGCUGUCUUGUUACUGCUCCCCACUCCUAUUCUGUACCACUGAGAUACUUGAGUGCCUUUGUUGCAUCAUAUUUAAAAUUAGUUUGUAGUUUAUCUGCAUUGGGAGGCACCUAUAACAAUUUUGGGUGCUGUCAAAAAUGAAGUACAAAUGUGUAUAUGGACAACUUAUUUUAGCACAAAGGGGUAACAAAAUGGAAUGUUCAAGAAUGUAUUUUAUCACGUGACUAAAUAUUUGUAGAGAUGUAUUUCUGCUUUGUCAAGUACAGUUAGUCACUGACUUUUUUACAUGACCGUCUCCCCCCACCACCACCAAAAGACCCUCUGCUGCUUUCUAUUCAUUUCAUUGGGAACAGCGGGCCUUGACACAGCACCAUGGACAAAAGAAGCAGCUGCAGUACGGUUAAUUUGGAAGGCAGGAUUUUAAAAUAUGAAGCCUAUUGACAAAAGAAUGCCCCUUCAUAGAUGGUGAAUAGUAAGAAUUGGAAUAAUGUAGCUGUUUUUCUUGUAGAGAAAUUAACAAAUAUAUUAUUUUGGGGAGUGGACUUUGGAAGAUAUGGAGUUGGAAAUUAGAGUAAAUUUUCACUCUGAAAAGUUUAUAUACCUGGUAAACAGAAGUAAAAGAUUACAAUUACUGUAGCUUGUUUAAAAAUAUAACAUUGUGACAGAAUAUGAGGCUAAGAAAAAUACAACUUUCUGGUUUCCCAUGACAACCUAGAACUUGAUCCAAAAAAGUGAAGCUUAAUUGUCUUGUCCUGAAUGCAGCAAGGUGCUGAUGUUCCAUUAAAAGUCCUGCAAUAGCUGGGCAGCAUGUCUGACCAGAGGAUGAUUGUUGUUUAUUAUUUUCAGGGUUGAAAACUGUGCAGAAAGUCUCACGGUACAUAGAUGCUGUACAAGGACCCUCAUCUAAGAUCUUGUAGUCUAAUUUCACUUAUAAUGUAACAAAGGGGCAACAAAACAUUGGGAUAGAGAUGGAGAGGAGAAAUCUAGAGGACUCUGCAAUACAGUUAUAUGGUGACUUAAAAGGAUGGGCAUAGCAUAGUUCAGUAAUCUAAAAACUGCCCUCCACAAAUCUCAGGUUUCCUGUGAAAGCCAUUGAAGGACCAGAGAAAUCAAUGACUUGCACUCCUGACCAUCCCCCCCUCUUGUGAAUUCAUCCUGUGGACUGACUUAACCAGUUGUGCUGCACAGUGUAAUUUGGGAAGGGACACACUAUGGGUGGUGUUGCACUGCUGGGUGGCCAGUAUCAGCCCUCCCUUUUAGGAGGGCUGCUGUUGGUUAACCCAGCAACAAGCACUGGAACUCUGGCAGUUCAGAAGUGUGUGUUGCUGGCAAAGACCAUACUUCUCUGGGAAUCCCUGGGAGAAAGAUGAGCCAUAGCUUUGCUGCUUUUAGGUCAAAGUACAAGCCUUAUGUCUUUGCGUAAGCCUUCUCUCAAUAACGGUAGCAGCAGAAAAGCCUGGCAGUGCCUCCUGAAAGACCAUACUGAAAGUGAUCCCACUACAGGAAAACAUAGUAUGAGGAAAAGGUGGAGAGACGGGUCCCUUAGUUAAACUGAAAUGUUAUCUGUGUAAAUGGGGCAUACAUAUAACUGGUGCACUAGAAAUGCAUAGAUGAAUUAAAGGCCAGGCAUUUCUCAAUUGUUUAAAGUUUAGAAAGUAAAAAAAUAUAUAACUUUGAUACCUUUUUAUUCAUAACUAACUAUUUUUAGGCACAGUUAGUAGCUUAAAUAAAAACUGAAAUGUUUUAAUACAACUUUUGAUCAUACAGACAGAAUGCAAAUACAGUCUGUCUGAUUUGGAUAUAUUUGUCAUGAACACCUGAUGGGGCAACCUUGAAUAUUUGAAUGAAGAUAAUCUCAGUUGCCCUGCUGCUAUCCACAUAUAGAACACUAAUAGCAGAUUAAUAGCAAUAAUUCAGAGUUUAAUUUUUAAAUAUUCCACUUCUUUGUUUUAUAUAUUAGUAUUUGUUCUUGCAAUAUAAUUCUAAAUACAAAUGGUAUGUAUGGAUGUUGUUGUAUAUGCAGACAUUUCUAGCAAGUUGUGAUAGAUUAUUUUAACAGUGUAAAUUCAAUAUUAAAAGAUAUUUAUAGAUCUGAAGAGAAGUAAUUUUAGUUAUUGGAAUCAAUUUAAUGCAAAUAAAAUGUACAUAUUAAAUUCAUGAUUAUGUAGUAUACAUAUUUUAUAAAUUUUUCUUUCUAAUAAUCGAAUGACCAGACUGAGUAGCCUGUGAAACAAAAUGUCAGCUUCUUCAAGUGGCAGUGAAUUCAAAUGCUGAUGAAUUUGGCUCUAAUGGGAGUGAUGGUAGCAGGGGCAUUGAUUAUAAUUGAUACACUAGAGAUGUAAAAGCCAAGUUGAUCUUGUUUAGUGACUGGAUAGUGGUGAGUAUAAUUCAGGGUACCUGUGACCUAGAUAAAAUGGACAUGUUGGUAUACUGCUACUUAGGCAUCAGAGCAAGAAGCAUGAAAGAGAAUGGCCAAGGAUAACUUGAAGAAUAA